UGACUUUUAGUGGAACACCUUUCCUGGAUGUUUACUUCCUUGUUCACUGUUAUAGGCCUAGUGGUUUUGUAUCGAAAAUCCACCAACUUAAGAUAUUUUGGUUGUUAAUGAACUGUGUCAGUCAAACAGACCGAAAAAGAGGACACAUAUGCUGAACUUUCGACUCAGAGAAGAAUGUAUGAAGAAACACAUAAGUGAGUGAACUUGACUGAAGACAACAUGGCCAGCAAGUGGCAGCCCCCAACCCUUCCAUCCACUGUGAAAUAUUUCUACGGUCGGGUCACACGAGAGGAGGCAGAGUGUAUUCUCCAAGGACAUGGAACAACAGAGGGACUUUACCUCCUUAGGGAGAGCAUUGGUGUCCUUGGCAACUUUGCCAUCAGUAUCUGUCAUAAUGGCAACAUCCACCAUUACGCUAUAGAGAAGCAGCAUGAUGGUCAGUAUCGUAUUGGUCAAGGUCGUCCAUGCAUCGGUCCUGUAGAAUUGAUCCAGCAUCACAGUGUUGAAAUUGAUGGCUUCAUCACCAUCCCUACACAUCCCUGUAACCGGCUCCCAGGCCAGUCCCCCAUAGCCUUUCGUGGAAUGACCUAUGUUGACCUUGAGAAUGCCUUAUUGACAAAAGCAGAGAAAGAAAAAAUAAAACCAGAAUCCAUUUUUGGAGCCCAGCGGCAGCACCUUAUAUUAAAAGUAGCCAUGGACUUACACCAAAAACAGCCAUGGUUUCACAAUAAAGUUUCACGAGAUGAAGCCCUCCAACGUCUAGAAAGGGACCCAGAUCGUCAGAAUGGAAAGUUUUUGGUUCGUUUGCGUGAUGACAAGAAGUCUUUUGCCUUAACCCUCAUGUAUAUGAAUGAACCACGGCACUAUAUCAUACAGAAACAGACAGAUGAUAAGCUUGGAAUUCCUGAGGGACCCAAGUUUGAUUGUCUUCUCAUGAUGAUAGAUCACUACCACAACAAAUCAGAUGGUCUGUUAUGUAAGCUAACAAGUCCCUGUGUGGUACCAGGAUAUGACACAAAAAAAUUAUCAAAAUAUCUAGAGAGUUGUAGCAAUAAUGUGAGCUACACAAGUUCAACUCACGUACGGCGUCAAAACAGUGGAGACAAUAAUCCUCGCUCUCCUACUCAAACGAUGGGCGGGGCAUCUCGGGGGUCCAGUACAAAGCGACCUUUACCGAAGGCCCCAAGUGACAACACUAACACUGCAAAAACAAAUGGUGCUGCUCAUCAUCCUUCCCUGCCAUCACCACAGCGACCAAAUCGACCCCCGCUACCAGCACGAGAGGUUUUAGCUAGAGGAGAGUGGGAUCCCCCUGAAGCUACAGCUAGAGGUAAAAUUGUCAUGGAUGACGUGGACUCUAAAAUCUAUGACACUGUGCCUCGGAACAAAGAGACGUUCAACCUGUCAAGAGACCAGAUCAUUAUGGAGGGGGAUUUAGGUUCUGGGCAGUUUGGUUCCGUAAGGAAAGGAACAUGUACAUUGCGUGGAGGUAAAAAGAUUCCUGUGGCAGUAAAAACUCUGAAGAAUGAAGAUGUAUCUGGACAAGUGGAGAUGAAAAAAGAAGCAGAAUUUAUGAGUCAGCUGGUAAAUCCAUACAUCGUUCGAAUGAUUGGUGUGUGUAGUGCUGAGAGUAUUAUGCUUGUCCUGGAGUUACUGCCGUGUGGGCCUCUAAACAGUUACCUCAAACACCAUAAAGACACACCACAGUGGAAUGUGUGUGAGUUUAUGUGGCAAGUUGCAGAGGGAAUGAAAUUUUUAUCCGGCAAGAAAUUUGUUCAUCGAGAUCUUGCUGCCAGAAAUGUGCUACUAAGUAACCCACACACCGCCAAGAUAAGUGAUUUUGGGAUGUCAAAGGCAUUGGGUAGAGAAGGAAAUUAUUAUGAGGCCAGCGAGGCAGGACGAUGGCCAUUAAAGUGGUAUGCUCCCGAAUGUGUGUAUUAUUGGAAGUUUGACACUAAAUCUGAUGUGUGGAGCUAUGGAGUAACACUAUGGGAAGCCACAUCAUAUGGCGAAAAACCGUACAGGCGGAUGAAAGGCCAAGAAAUAUUGGAGUUUGUGGAAAAUGGCAGCAGGCUGGCCAAACCUGAAAGCUGUCCAGAGGGUAUUUACCUUAUAAUGAUGGAAUGUUGGCAAUAUGACAAAAAAGAACGGCCAUCAUUUUCUGAUUUAGCAGUAAAGAUGGAAUACCAGUAUAAAAGUCUACAGCAAGAUGGAUACUGAACAUGUACCAGUGAUGAUAUUGACUCUUCCAUGAAGAGUGGGACCAAUCUGUUAUAUAGACUCUUCCAUGAUGAAGAGUGGGACCAAUCUGUUAUAACGACUCUUCCAUGAUGAAGACUGGGACCAAUCUGUUAUGCCAACUCUUCCAUGAUGAAGAGUGCGACCAAUCUGUUAUAACGACUCUUCCAUGAUGAAGACUGGGACCAAUCUGUUAUGCCAACUCUUCCAUGAUGAAGAGUGGGACCAAUCUGUUAUGCCAACUCUUCCAUGAUGAAGAGUGGGACCAAUCUGUUAUAUAGACUCUUCCAUGAUGAAGAGUGGGACCAAUCUGUUAUAUAGACUCUUCCAUGAUGAAGACUGGGACCAAUCUGUUAUGCCAACUCUUCCAUGAUGAAGAGUGGGACCAAUCUGUUAUAUAGACUCUUCCAUGAUGAAGAGUGGGACCAAUCUGUUAUGUCGACUCUUCCAUGAUGAAGAGUGGGACCAAUCUGUUAUAUCGACUCUUCCAUGAUGAAGAGUGGGACAAAUCAUCUUUAAAAUCUUUGGGGUAUCUAACACAGUGCUACAUAUAGUACAGGUGGAUGAUACCCUAUGUCACCUUGUAUGCUACUAUUCCAUAAGGAUGCAGUGAUGACCUUGACAUUUAUAUGUAUAUCUUUACAUUCUGUGUUGCAUUUGCCUAAAUGUCGUUAGUAAACCAAAUUGUAUUUAUGAGACUGUAAACUACAAUUUACAUUGAUUUGGUCAGUGUAGGAAUACAGUUCCUGGUGUUGUUGGUUAAAACAAUGACCGCCAGUUACUUUCAACCUAGAGAGCUUUCGAAAGCUAGCAUUUGUUAGCUCACCGGUUACGAGUAACCGAGAGCUAAUGCUGUCGGCCCGGCAUCUGUGUCGGCAUCCCACCCCAAAACUUUAAAGUUUUAGGAAAGCUUGUAAGCCCAAAAGUUUACACCUCAUGCCCUUCUCAUUUGGUUUAUACAUUCAUUAGAGGUCUAUUAGUGAUGUUAUGGCAAAAUUAUACAGAAAAAAAUUGUGUUUUUUUUUGCAUUU